AUGAAUUUUUCAUAAUGUCCAGACGAAUUCCAAAUUGAAGAACAACAAUUCAUUAGAGUGCCACAAAGAUCAUCUUUGGGUAGUUUCAAUUUUGAGGAUUUAGAUACCAAAUACAAGUUUACCUAUCCCACGAAUGAAAAAUAGAAUGAGACCAAAAGAAAUCAACUCAAUCAAACUCCUCCUCCCUCAAUCAAACAGAAUUUACAAUACGAUAUAGAGAGAAAUUAUAAGCAGCAGAUUGAACUACCUCCUCAACUCUCCAAAUCUCCAAAGCAAUCCCUUACAUUUAGAGACCAAGGCAAAAUAUAGGUGGGCAACCAAUAGCAAAUAGAGAAACCUCAAAAGGAAAUUAAAUCAAUCCUGAACUUCUAAGUAGAUACCAAAUUCAUCAACAUGAAACCAAGCAAGAAGAGAAAUCAAAAACCUAUUCUACCUCAAUUUCAAUAAUAAUAAUAAUGCAAACGACCUUUGAUGAUACAGAGCAAUCCGAAAUACUAGAGAGUUUCUCCAUAGAAUCAAAACAAGAGGGUUUCUCCUUAAAAUUACAAUAGGAGUCCAAUUCAGAAUAAUAUCAAUAAGAAUUACUCUGAAAUAACUUUCCAAUAGGAGCCGAAACUCCUCAUUCAAUUGAAAUUGAUCUCCAAAGAUCAAUAAAGUGGUUUGGUAACAAAGAACUUUGCGAAGGAGAAGUAAGUAGAAAGAUUGUGUAAUUUAUAAAGACUUCAUAAUCGAAUGUGA